AUCUGGCAUUUCUAAUGGUGAACUUUGAACUUAAAAACAAUAACAAUGAUGUCUUCCUUAGCAGUAUUAUUUCAUUUGUUAGCAUUUAUUGUUGACUUUUAUGCACUGUAUUAUGAUUUAAACUAUAUUAAAAUAGGAACUGACGGAUUAGGAGGGAAAUAUAAAUUUCUUACUAUAUGGAACAUUACAUUUCAGUGUUUCUAUUUUGGUUUAUGUGUGGUAACAGAUCUAAGUUCCUCUGAGCCUGGGCCAACAAAUGUCCUAACUAGAGGAAAGUUAACUCGCUGGAGAGACAACUUUCAUGCUGUUGUUGCUUUUCCUGUUGGCAUGUUUGUUGUAGUGACAUUCUGGGUGUUGUAUUUAGUUGAUAGAGAGCUUGUCUAUCCAGAGUCUUUGGAUAAAAUUAUUCCUCCAGUUAUCAACCAUAUUCUGCAUACAACAGUCUUGCCUUUCAUUCUACUAGACAAAUAUUUCAUCUAUCAUAACCACCCUUCUCAAUGGCGAGGCCUCUCUGGAACUAUUGCUGUGGCAGGAUGUUACCUUAUUUGGAUUCUGUUCAUUGCUUACUAUGAGAAUUUUUGGGUCUAUCCUAUACUUCAAGUGCUAGAGAGUCACCAGAGGGCAGUGUUCAUAGUUAUUUGUCUACUGUUUUUUGCCUCACAGUACAUACUAGGACAGAGUUUAACACAAUUCAUUUGGAGGAAACAAAGAUCAACACUCAAGAAAUUAAAGUAAAUGGACUUUAGAGCAACAUUCAGUGCACUAGACAGUUGGGUAACAAGCAGUAUUGAUAUCACAAAACUCAAGAGCUUGUUGUCUCUGAUCAAAGAUUGAACAUGUGAAUGGCAAUGUUCAAGUGAAUGGGCUUGUUUUUUGUCUGUUUAUUCAAGAUUUUUUUGGAAUUUUAAAAAAUAUUUAUUUAUAUCUUGAUAUUUGCAUUUUGUACUGAACUUUGUGAUUGCUUCACAUUACGGUAAUUGAUGUUUAGAGGGUGUUUAAUUGAUGUUUAAUGUUUAGAGGGUGUUAAAUGUUAAACAUGUUUAACUGAAUACUAAUUUAUCUUUUUUGGUGUAACUGAUAUUUAGUGUUUAAAAGUGUCACUACAUUACGGUAUUGAUUUGUCUGCAUGAGAUGCGCGAAGAUAUGCAGGUCCCAACUAGAUUUGCAAAGUCAUCUGCACUCAUCCUUUAUAAUUAGAAUCGAAGACAUAGCAAGACACAACCACAGCAACAAAUAUUGGCAAUCAAAUCAUUCCAUACACUUCCACUCUUUGAUUCAUUGAUAUAAACAUUGCACAUGUAACUUGAGUGAAACUGGUUGGAAUGGAUGCUUUCUUUGUUAUUUUAUUUGAUACUGUUUUGUUUGGGGUCAUGCACAAGUUGUAAGACAAAUGUUCAUAAUAAAGAUUAUUAUUAGUAACUGCUGUGAAAGAAAACAUUUGGCUCUAAUAAAAGUCAUGAACAAAUAA